GUGGCCGAUAUACGCAUGUUUGGGCGUUGUUUUUAUUGUAAAAGUGUAAUAUUAUUUGUAUAAUUUUUGUUUUAAAGUUUUUAAUUUAUUGAAGUAUAUUAAUAAACAAUGCAAGCGUUGGCCUCACUCACUAUCCUGCUGCUAAUCGCAGCAUUUGUACACGAAGGUGCUGCCAUUUGGUGUUAUCGCUGCACUUCGGCCACUCCAGGCUGCGCCGAGAAAUUCAACUGGCGAGGCAUUGGCUUCCUAGGUGAACAAUGUCCCGAGAGCAACGAUAUCUGCGUCAAAGUGACCGAACGACGUGGUUCCCAGGAGACAUUCACACGCGACUGCCUCAGCGCCUUGAGCUUCCGCACAGAUAUACCCGCUGACAAAUACGAAGGUUGCCGUCCAGCAGCGAAGGACUUGCGCCUCGCACACUACGUCAAUCAUACGACCAAGGAGCACGACGUAAAACGUGACUAUUUUUCGGAUACAACUUUCUGCUUCUGCUUCCUUGAUCAUCGCUGCAAUGGUGCCAGCGGUCUGGCCGGAAUCUCAGUUAUACUCUUGUUGCUCCUCAGCACAUUCCAUUUUCACUGAACUACGGCGUACUAAAUGUAGUACCAAAGUGCCUUAGAAUUAACGACAGUUCAAUUAUUACUCGAAUCUCGUUUAGCAACAUUCCGUCCACACACAUACACACAAUAUUUUGUACAACAUUUUUUAUAAGCAAUUUACAAUGACUCCCUUAAAAGGGUUGCCUUACAAUUUUUUUGUAGUUUCUAUUUACUGAACUACUUAUGUAAUACACUUUAUUACAAUAUAAAGAACAA